AAAGAAAAAGGGAUAAGAACGUAGGAGAAAGAAAAUAUGUAAAAGAGUCUUCAUGCAUUAAUACAUACAUCUCGAGUAGAGUAACUAAGCAGAAAUAAAUAUGCAGGAAGAUAACUACUGGGCCGGCCUUCUAACUUGAAAGCGGCAUGGCAUGACAGCAGCUUACAAACACCACAGAGUUGUCAUAUGUUUAUAUGCAGACGUAAUGCAUCAUACUUUUUGGUCCUACUUAAACGUUCAACUGUUCUGCUUACUUUUCUUUAUCAGUUUUAUUGAAACAACGUAAACAGAAAAAUAUCAAAUUCUGUGGCUAACCUUCAACUUAAUGCUGUAAAAAUUAGUACAACUUAUUUUAGAUGGAAUUAGUCAAGUUGUCAAGUCAUUCAUCCUUAUUAGGAGGAAUAGUUUAUUUCAGUCGAGUUUUUGUAGGAGCUAUUUAUAGGAUUUAUUUUUGUUUAAAUAGGAGUCCUCCACUUAGUAAAACACAAGCCACAGUAAACAGUUCAUUAUUUCAGUUGUCCCUGUAUUAUCUUCUUUGAGUAAUAAUAAUUUCAUAUUUAUUCACACCUUUGAGCGUGAGAUAUUGUGACAGAUGGUAUCAGAGCCAAGUUGAUACGUUUGAUAUUAUUACUCAACGAGAUGAAUGGUGGAAGUGCUUCUAUGGGUAUAGCUAUGGAAAAGCUGGUUGGCAAUAACUAUAGUUAUUGGAAAUUAUGCAUGGAAGCUUAUCUACAAGUGCAAGACUUGUGGGAUUUAAUUGAAGGUAAUGACACAGAAAUUCCAGCCGAUACUCCACAGAAUGCAAAAUUACGUCAACAAUGGAAGAUCAAAUGCGGAAAAGCCUUAUUUACCUUGCGAACUUUGAUUAGCAAGGAGUAUAUUGAUCAUGUUUGUGAUUUAAAGUCACCAAAGCAAGUAUGGGAUACACUUCAAAAGUUGUUCACUAAGAAAAAUACCGCUCGACUGCAAUUUCUAGAGAAUGAACUAGCUAUGGUAACUCAAGGAAGCCUUGAUUAAGCAAAUGACUAGCAGCAACCAGUUUUCCCGAAAGUCAGAAGAUGUGUUGUAUGUCAAAGAUCAAAGGAGACAGAAUUUUCAUUCAAAGCCUUCAUCUAGCAAUGGGAAUCAAUUCAGAAGUGAGGAGUCGUCAAAGAAGCCAUUUAAAGCUUGUUACUGGUGUGGAAAAUCAGGCCAUUUUAAACGAGAUUGUCAGUGAAAGUGGUGUGUGAUCGUUGCGGAAAGCCAGGCCAUAUUAAGCCAAAUUGCCGAGUCAAAAUCUAGGAAUCAAAAGCAAAUGUUGUACAUGAAAGUAAAAAUUCUUCAGAUCCAAUUUGGGAAUACUGCUUAACCACUGAGGUUCUUGAUCAGCCAACAAACGUGACUUCAGCCGUAUAUCAAGAUGAUGUCUCUACAGGUGAUCAAAAUUGUAAUUCCACUACUUACGCUUCUGAAUUUAAUUCUCUCCAAAUUUCGCCUCUGUACUCUUUUUUUUCUCCGAUGCCAAUUCUGCUGCCCCUGGUGACCCUGCUGAUUAUUUCAUGGCCUUGGAUUUGGGAUUCAACGAAAAUGAAGAUUUCGAACUAACCUUUGACGAUCUUGAUGCCUUUGAGGCUGACGUUUUCCUCAUCUCCGAAGAUUUGGAUCAAACUACCAAUUUGUUAGACUUGCAGGCUGACCGGGAAGCUUCUGGGGGCGCUGCUGAAAGUGAGAAUCUAGACCAAGUUCAGAAAGGCAGUGUUGUGGUAGAGGCUGAGUUGUUGGAUAAGAGCAUGGAUGUGGCUAAAGAGAGAGAAGCUUGCAGUGAUGACGCUGGUUUAUCAGAAAGUCGGGAUGUAUCGAUUGAUUUGGGGAAUUGUACUAAGGAUGAACGUGAUGUUAUGGCUGACGAAGGUGACAAAUUGGAAGACAGUUUGGUUGAUGAAAGAGAACAAGGUAAUGGGAUGGAUGACAAGAACUCGUUAGAAUCUUCAGUUCAGUUGGAUGACGAGUGCAAGGAAAGCAAGGGCCUCGAUCAAGAAGUGAAGACCAGGAAUUUUGAUGUAUCAGAUAAAGAGGUAGAAAAAGAAAUGCCAGAUGGAGAGAGAACAAAAACUACCAAGGCAUUGACUCAAAAUUUUAGAGAUAAAGGUAAAAGGGUGGCAGAAACUUCAAAAAUAAAAAGAAGAAGAAGAGUGGAAGGACGACUCAAGAAGAAGAUUUGGAUAAGAUUCUUGCCGAGCUAGGAGAGUGGCCUACUAUAUCAAAACCAGCCGACCCUCCUCUUUCUUCACAAGAGGCCAAAGUUGAGAACCCACCUGACUUUGUAACUCCUGAUGCAUCAGUUGAUAAGGAAGCUGAAGAAGAGAGCACAGAAACGACUGUCGCUAGGAAGAAGAAAAGGCGUAGGCAAAAGGAAAGAGAAAAAGAGAAGCUGCUAAAGAACAAACAAGAAGGCAAGCUGUUAACAGGGAAACAAAGUGAAGUUUGAAGUUUUUCGCUCUCGGAGUUAUUAAGAAAUUAGCUUGCACUGAGGGAGGCUGUCAAAAUUAGUGCAACUUAUUUUAGAUGAAAUUAGUCAAGUUGUUAAGUCAUUCAUCCUUAUUAGGAGGAAUAGUUUAUUUCAGUAGAGUUUUUGUAGGACCUAUUUAUAGAAUUUAUUUUUGUUUAAAUAGGAGCCCUCCACUUAGUAAAACACAAGCAACAGUAAACAGUUCAUUAUUUCAGUUAACCUUGUAUUAUCUUCUUUGAGUAAUAAUAAUUUCAUAUUUAUUCACACCUUUGAGCGUGAGAUAUUGUGACAGAGUCGUGAUUCCUAACAUGGUAUCAGAGCCAUGCCCUAAACUUAGCC